AUGAGGUUAAUAUACUUGUACAACGUACUUCAGCUUGAAAAGGGUCCUAUACAAUCUUUUUCUGGAUGUCAAAUAGGAUCAUUCUAUGUUAAGGCGGCAAUUAGUCCUGAUGCAGCACAUAUUCUCAGUGGCUCUAGUGAUGGAACUGCAUACGUAUGGCAGGUGAAUAAACCUCAAUUAGAUCCUGUCAUGUUGAAAAGUCAUGAUGGAGAAGUUACAGCCGUAGAUUGGUGCCCAUUUGAGACUGGGAAGAUGGCAACUUCUUCAGAUGACUUCACAGUUCGGUUAUGGAACAUCCAGAACAAAUCUUGCUUGAGCAAACGAUCUCCAUCUUCCAUCCGAAGGAGAGUAAUGGCAAUUCCGGGUGCAGAAUGUAGGAAACUUUUGAUGACUGAUGAAUUGGCAUAUUCAAUGAAGGGUCCUGAUAGUUCAUAUUCUUCAGAUGAAGCAGUACACCAAAGUAGUUCUUCCAAUCCUAUCACCAUGCCUAUAGUUGGUACUCCUGAUGCUCAGAAGAGAAAGUUCUCAUCCUCUGAUUUGAAAGAAACCUUUGAGAAAACCCCUGAAGCUAAUUUGAAGAGUCCAUCUUCUGUGUUGAACCCUCCUUCCUCUGUGAAACGAAGAACUAUCCGAGAUUACUUUAUCGUAUCGCCGUAG